ACCCCCCUGCAGGACGCGCUGCUGGCGUGCGCCGAGGCGGGCAGGCUGUUUAUCCAUUACCUCACCGCCACCGCCAAUGACGCUUGCAAGGACGCCAAGCGCCAGACCAUCUCGGCUGACGAUGUGCUGACCGCGCUGGAGGACCUUGACUUUGGGGAGCUGGUGGAGCCGCUCAGGUCGGCGCUGGAGGGUGAGCGAGGGGGCACCAGGGAG